AUGAUUUCAUUAUUACAAAGCUUGAUAUUGGCAAUUUUAGUUGGUAUAUUUGUCAGUGGUACCCCUGAUGAGAAGAGACAGACCAAGUACAUCACUCAAGAGUUCCAAGAUACCAGGGUUCGCUCACUUGAGAAAAGAGAUGAAAGCAUUGGCGUCGAUGAUUUUCAUCAACGUCACGUUGUUCACGUGAAAGUUGGAUCUUCCCAACAAGAUAUAAGGGCCCAUAUUGAUACCGGAAGUAUUCGUUGGGAAAUUCCAAGUGUUGGUUCAACUUGCUCGGGAGGCAGACCCUGCGCACCUGAGGUUAGUUUCGACCCAUAUAAAUCCACCACAUUUGAGAACCUGACAGUUUCAAGCAAGUCACCCUUUGGUCACGGAAAAUUGCGCGGCUUUGUAGUGUCGGACGAUAUUUAUUUUAAUGAUGACAAAUAG